AUGACUACCCCACAGCCGUCCCAAGUCCGUGUUGCCGUGACCCAGGCCGAGCCCGUUUGGCUCGACCUCAAAGCAACCGUCGACAAGACAUGCAGCCUCAUCGCUGAGGCCGCCUCCAAGGGCGCCCAGCUGGUGUCCUUCCCCGAAUGUUGGAUUCCGGGCUAUCCAGCUUGGAUCUGGACACGCCCCGUCGACCAGGAGCUACACUCACGCUACAUUCAGAACUCGUUGACGGUUUCAUCCCCCGAAAUGACUCAAAUCUGCAAAUCCGCCAACGAAAACAAUGUCAUCGUCGUCCUCGGCUUCUCCGAGAACAUCCACAACAGCCUCUACAUCUCCCAAGCGAUCAUCUCGAAUACGGGAUCCAUCCUCACCACCCGCAAGAAGAUCAAAGCCACACACAUGGAGCGCACCAUCUUUGGGGACGCAUUCGCCGACUGCCUCGACAGUGUCGUGGAGACUGCCGUUGGACGAGUGGGCGCCUUGUCGUGCUGGGAGCAUAUCCAGCCCUUGCUAAAGUAUCAUACAUGCGCGCAACGAGAAGCGAUCCACGUCGCGGCGUGGCCGCCAUUGUUUGAGUGGGGCGGGCCGGAGGAUGAGAGUCUGUUCUCUAUGUCGAGGGAUGGAACUAUUGCGCUCGCACGUACCUACGCCAUUGAAUCAUCCUCAUUUGUCCUCCACACGACGGCGGUCAUCAGCCAAGAGGGCGUCGAAAAGAUGCGUACCGCCACAGGCGCGAUAAUGAACAUGCCUGGUGGUGGAAGCUCGGCUAUCUUUGGCCCCGACGGCCGGCUUCUUUCCAAGCCUCUGCUGCCGACCGAGGAGGGUAUUAUCUAUGCCGAUCUAGAAAUGCAUGAUAUUUACAAGACCAAGGCCUUUGUGGACGUUCUGGGCCACUACAGCCGGCCGGAUCUGCUGUGGUUGGGCGUGGGAUCUUGCGAUAGGAGGCAUGUGAAGGAGGACGCCGAGGAAAGGAGAGAAGACCGAGUCGAGGUUCUGUGA